AUGCCGGGCCGGCUCACUCUCAAGAGGGGCAAGCUGCUCCGGAGGUUCGGGGAGAACCUGUACCCGCGCACGUGGUUCGCACGCACGCUGGAACGCAUGGGCAAGAGUCCGAUGGAGCUCAAGAAGGCCAAGCGGAGGAGCGCGACCAUCAAGAACCUCGAAAUCCGCGAACGUCUGUCCUUCCGGAAGAAGAUGCAGACCUGGUACGGGCGCAAGUAUCACGGCUGGGCGCCAUGGCUCGAGCAGCGCGCGGACCAGGUCAUGGUGCGCUCGGGGCUGGCCGCGACGCUGCCCGCGGCACGGCAGCGCAUCAAUCACCGCACCGUGUACGUGAACGAAGAGCCGAUCACGAGCCCGGGCGUCAUCCUCAAACCCGGCGACAUCCUCACCGUCGCGCCGCUCCGGAGCGUCGAACGGACCCUCCCUGAGGCGCUACGGGGCGCCGCGGAGCAGCACCAGUGGCUCAAGCUCAUGUGGACGUCGCUGAUGGAUCCCCUCGCGAUCCGCACUCACAGCGUGCUGCGCACCAUCUUUCCGGGCAUCCACGAGCAGCUGCAACCUGACGCCAGCACAUGGUCGGGGAACGCGGCGGCCGCGGAGCGCCGGCCAGAGGGCCGGCGGGGGGGCGCAGGCAAGCGUCGGGGCUGA